AACUUUUGUGCAAGAGGGGCGGCCGGCACCAGUCACAACAAGCCCGAGUGACAUGUGCUUCACGUAGCGCGCUGCAAUAUUUACAAUUCAGUCAUGGAACUCGCCGAUAAACUGAGCUUUUUGGGCCUAUCAGAGCAGAAGGUGAAAGAGACUCUGAAAAAUGAAUCCUUGUCCAAGUUGUUAGGAUCCAUUGCAGAUCAGGCACGGGAAAAUGGAGAGUUGAACAAGAGUGCUGGAAACCUCCUUUAUAACCUUGGAACAAAAUUACCACGUCAAUUCCACAAUCAUCUUCCCUUUUUGGUUAAUUACAUCACAAAUGGUGGUAUUAAUCAAGAAGCUAAACUAACUGCAGCAAUCAAGUUUGUCCAGAAUCAUCCAUCAGGAAAUCUUAAUAAAGCAGAAUUUGAAAAAUCAUGUGGUGUUGGAGUAGAAGUGACUCAAGAUGAGAUUGAAUCUGCUGUAGCCUCCAUCAUAGAGAAACAGAAGACAGCCAUUCUGAACCAAAGGUACCAGUUCAACACUGGCCCAUUGAUGGGUCAGGUGAGGGCUGCCCUACCAUGGGCGGACAGCCGUAAAGUCAAGGAAGAAAUUGAUUUGCAGAUUUUGACUCUGCUUGGCCCUAAGAGAGAAGAGGACUUGGUUAAACCAGCCAAAGCAAAAGCUGAAAAGAAGGAAAAGCCUGAAAAGCCCACUGUCAAUGCAACACAACCAACAAAGCAGCCACUAACAAUGGCAGAGUUCCUGAAAACUAUUAACUUCCAUGCACCUGGUGAGAAUCACAAAACGGACGGAUAUGUAAUUACAGAAAACACUGAGCGACUCCUAAAGGAACACCUGAGAAUAACGGGUGGACAGGUGAGAACACGAUUCCCUCCAGAACCCAAUGGCAUUUUGCAUAUUGGGCAUGCAAAAGCUAUUAACAUAAAUUUUGGGUAUGCAGCUGCUCAUAAUGGUGUGUGCUUCCUUCGCUACGAUGAUACAAAUCCAGAGAAAGAGGAAGAGAAGUUCUUCAUAGGAAUAAGAGAAAUGGUUGAAUGGCUUGGUUACAAGCCAUUCAAGAUCACACACUCCUCAGAUUACUUCCAGCAACUUUAUGAAUGGGCAGUAGUGCUUAUAAAGAAAAGAAAGGCUUAUGUAUGUCACCAAAAGCCAGAAGAGGUGAGAGGCCGUGACCCCCCACCAUCGCCUUGGAGAGAUCGACCAAUUGAAGAAUCUCUCCAGCUAUUUGAGGACAUGAAGAAUGGAAAGUUUGAGGAAGGGGAAGCAACAUUAAGACUCAAUCUAACCCUAGAAGAGGGAAAAGUUGAUCCAGUUGCCUACCGCAUAAAAUUUGUUACGCAUCACUGCUCAGGAGAUGAGUGGUGCAUUUAUCCAACAUAUGAUUAUACCCAUUGCCUCUGUGAUGCAAUCGAACACAUCACCCAUUCACUUUGCACAAAGGAAUUCCAAUCAAGACGAUCUUCUUACUAUUGGCUAUGUAAUGAAGUAGGAACUUACUGCCCUGUCCAGUGGGAAUAUGGUCGCCUCAAUAUGAACUAUACUGUUGUUUCCAAGAGAAAGAUUGCCAAAUUAAUCGAUAGUGGACAUGUAAGAGAUUGGGAUGAUCCUCGACUUUUUACCCUAACAGCAUUACGUAGAAGAGGUUUUCCAUCAGAGGCUAUAAAUAAUUUCUGUGCUUCUCUGGGUCUAACUGGUGCUCAAAUCUCCAUCCAUCCUGAUGCAUUAGAAGCACAUGUUCGAGAUGUACUAAAUGUUACUGCACAUAGAGCUAUGGUUGUUCUUGAACCCCUGAAGGUGGUGAUAACCAACUUCCCCAGUGAAGCAGCUGUCACUGUAAGCGUACCGAAUAUCCCUGGCAGUGACGACAAAGGAACACACAAUGUGGUCUUUGAUAGAGAGAUGUGGAUUGAGAGAUCAGACUUCCGUGAGGAAGAAGAAAAAGGAUAUCGAAGAUUAACUCCACAACAGAGUGUAGGCCUUCGUCAUUGCGGAUAUGUUAUUAAAGUCCAGGAAGUUGUAAAAGAUUCUUCAGGGAAAGUGGAUCAUCUUAAAGUACUCUGUGAACCUGCUACAGAGAGCAAUAAACCCAAGGCUUUCAUCCACUGGGUAGCACAACCUAUCAAAUGUGAAAUCAGGAAUUAUGAGAGAUUAUUCAAGCACGAGUGUCCAGAAGACCCAGCAGUUGUUCCUGGAGGUUUUCUUACAGAUGUCAAUCCCAAUUCAUUAUCCAUAUCCCUUGGCAUGGCAGACAUUUCUGUGAAGAAUGCUAAAGUAUACACUAAAUUCCAGUUUGAACGUACUGGCUUCUACUCAGUAGAUCCUGAUUCAAGCCCUGACUUCUUGGUUUUCAAUAAGACUGUUGGGUUGAAAGAAGAUAAGGGGAAAAAUUAAAAAUUAGGGUAAAAUGAUAAAUUGUGUAAGGCCUGGCUGAAAAAAAAGUUUUUAUACAAAAAAUAUUAGUUUUAUGAGGUUCAGGGUAAUCAGCCAGAUGUUAGAACUGUUUUUAAUGAGGUGCCUUUUUAUGGUCUAAGUAGAAAGGUAAUGCCUUGAAACAAAUCUUAUUUUCAUGUCAGUAGGUGGGUAGGAAUCAAAAUUAGUGAUAAAUGAGGCCAGACUGAUUAGUUUUUUUGUUUUUCUUUAUGGAAGAUAAUUUGACAUACAAAAAAAAUUAUUCAGGGUUAUAAAACUUAACCAACAGUCCAUGGUGACAGUUUUAUAUUGAAAGUUAUGUACCCCUUGUGAGUCAUGCCAUUAAUGUUAAAAAUAACAAGUCAUCUGUUUGAAUUUAUUUUCAUGUUGAUUAAUGGAUGAAAUAUGUAAUUUUAAAAAGAUAAUCCUGAUCAGUGUAGUUCUUGUUUAUAUAUCAGUUUAUAAUUUAUUUCAAUAUGGUAAAUAUUAAAUUGGUGAUUUAGUGAAAGUUAGGGUAUAGUUAAGUUCAAGAUAUGAUGAACACUUGGUAGUACUACAUUUUCUGUGAUAUUUCUGAAGUAUUCAGCUAACUUAUGUAUCCAUAAUAAGUAACUAGUUAGCUUAUUAGCAAUUACAGUUCUAUUUAUUCACAUAGACUGUAAUUUUGACAUUGCAAACAAAUGACACGGAAGUGAUGUAGUAUCGAGUGUUGUAAUCUUAAACAUUGACUAUACAUGACAUCAUGAUUGUUUUCAGUUGAAGUGUCUUGUUUAUACAAAUUCAUAUAUUAAUGUCUUUUUAUUUGCAGUAAGUAACUAAAUUUCCAGAUUUAAUUAACCCAAUUAUUAAUAUAUAGACAUUGACAUGGUCAUUCUGAAGUCGGUAUUGGCUGUAAUGCAAAUGUGUGUCAAAAGCAUAACUGUUCAUAUGUUUUUUACCCUUAAAGUAAAUCAUCAAGAGUUGCUAA